CGACCUCGUACGUGAAUCCUUCCAGGGCUGAGAAUGCAUCCGAGAGGGAGAAUCGUGUCUCGCUUCUGGACACACAUGAUUUCGAUCCUCUGAUCCUCCCGAGUCUACCAAGUGGAGCGGGCUUCCGCUGCGCAGGCAAAAGGGCCGAUAGUCUGACGGACAGUCCUCCCUGACUCUGUAACUCUGGUUGGAAGAUACUUUUGCUAUUAGAUUCAAAGUAAUUCUCACUUCGACAAUGCAGGUUGCCUUGCCUUUGGAGACCCUCGUCCUAUUCCUCUCUUUUGUACGGGUAACGCUGUCUUGAACAGUGUCCAUCCUGAGCUCGCCUUGACGACGAGCUAAUUCCACGACCGUCUAUACCAACAGCAGCAUCCAUGGCAAAGAGCGUCUGGAAAAUAUGCGCUCUUGCGAUUGCUCUGGUCCAGGGCACCGCCGCCGCCAUCACUAUCACCUCUCCCCCUAAGGCUAUCCUGCCGCGAGCCACCGGAACGUCGCCAAAAGCAUCAGCAUGUGCCGCUGCAUCCAGUGCUUCGAAACAAUUUCUAGCCGAGCAACCUGGAGCCACGCAGGUAGUUAUAGCUGCCGAGCUCGCCUAUGAAUGCAUGAGAUCAGUCCCGAACUACCAAGAGCCUGCAAUCCGCCUCCUGAACUCUUUGCGGACGUUUCUCGAGUUUCAGAGCAACAAAGAAUAUCUGCUCAAUCCCCCGUCGGGCUACCUCUUUCCGAGCCUGGAUUUCGAUGGAGAGUUUGACACUAUACAGAAAAAGGUGGAGGCAGGGGCAUAUGAGAGCGAGUAUGACAUGCAGGUGGACAUUACGGCAUUGUUGACGUCGGCACGUGACGGACACCUUUCGUGGAAUGGUGAUCUAAUGAAUUCCUUUACCUUUUCUCGUACGACUGGUUUGGCUGCAGUCUCUUCAGAUGGGGAGGAGAUUCCGCAAGUGUAUUCUCAAGACGAUCUUCUGGCGGCAGAUGGUGAUACAGGCAAACUAGGCCCAGCGACGGGAUAUGCUCCUUCGCCAGUCACCAGUAUUGACGGCGUUGAUGUCGUGACGUUCCUGUUGACCCAAUCUAUGGUCACGAGAUUUCAAGACCCGGAUGCUCUAUGGAACCUAUUGUUUCCCACGUUGGCCAACAAGUGGAGCCCGCUGUUCCAGGUGCCAACUUAUUACCCAGGGCCUUCAACUAAUAUCACCUUUGCAAAUGGAACUACCUUCCAAUAUCCGAACGUUGCUAUAGUCAAUGUGCCUCUGGAUGGGAUCCAGACGGGAGACGACGCCUACUCCUCAUUCUGUCCUGGCGCCUUCGAAACACAGACAGUAUCUGAUACAACCGCUGCCAGCAGCGCAACUUCCACCUCCAGCUCACAGGCACCUGCAACAACGGAUGCCCCACCAGCCUCACCAACCAUCCCUGGGUUUCCGUAUCCAGUGAUCAAGCACAGUGCUGGUUCGGUUGCCGGGUAUUACCUGAAUGAUACAGGUCUUACCGACGUGGCUGUCCUUCAAAUCCUAGAGUUCCAGUCGCAGACUGACAAUUCUCAAGAAUAUGAGAGGGAGUUUCAGUCAGUGGUGGAGAAGUUUCUUGAUGCAUCGGUCCAGACCGGAAAGAGGAAGUUGGUAAUUGACCUUCAGGGCAACGGAGGUGGCUACAUCGACCUUGGCACGGAUACCUUUGCGCAACUAUUUCCAUCCAUUGCACCCAACUCGAAGUCCAACUUGCGAGACCAUCUUGGUUUUUGGAUCCUUGGCAACGCUGCCUCGGAAGCCGUCACAGCUGCCAAGAAAACCUCCGAUGUCUCCGACGAGCAACUCGAUGAAUAUGUCUAUAGCCCGAUGUCAUAUCAGUCGGUCGUGAGUUACCAGUUUUACGAUUUCCCUGACUUUGAGACAUACUACGGUCCAUACCCGGCGUAUAGUGGGAACUGGUCCGCGUUCUUCCAGAACAAUUACACAGAUCCAAGUUCGUCAGAUUUCGAGGGCCAGGGUAUAAUUAUUACAGGGACGAAUAAUCGCACUGGACAUCGACAACCUUUUGCGGCGCAGGAUAUCGUCGUGCUUACUGACGGCUAUUGCGCAAGUACGUGUACAGUAUUUUCCGAGUAUCUGAAAAGUUUCGCAAAUGUGCAGUUUAUUGCAGUGGGUGGACGACCACAAACGGGCCCUAUGCAGGCAGUUGGUGGUGUGAAAGGCAGUCAGGUCUUUGAAUUUGACGCAAUGGUCCCAAAUUGGGUCGAUCUCUUCAACAGCCCUAACAACACAUUCUUGGGCCUGGCGAAUGGCACAAUCUGGGAGAACUUCACCUACGAGCCGGUGUUGCGCGAAAUGGGAUACAGCGGUGGAGGAGUAAAUGGACGCAACCACUUCCGGAUAGGGGAUCAGACGAACACUCCACUUCAAUUUGUCUAUGAAGCCGCCGACUGUCGCGUCUGGUGGACGAGAGAAAUGUUGUACGAUCCGACGUUCCUUUGGUCGCGAGUGGCGACCAUAGCUUUUCAAGAGCGAAAAGGGACACAGUUUAACUCGAAAUACUGUGUCACAAACAGCACAGGAGAUCCGACCAGUAUCUCCGGAGGGUGGAAGGCUCCGUGGCUGGGACCGCAAAAUCCGCCGGAAAAUGCAAGAGCGACGAUCAACGGCUGGAAACUGCAAGGCAAACCUCUGCAAGCAGUCUCACCAGGACAUUCGACGACGAACUCGAAGCAGACAGGGACCGCCUCACCUGCAAGCUCAACAAUAGGGGCAAAGCCAACUUCGACACCAGGUAGUGGGUCGGGCAUGGUCUUUGGGACUGACGCCGUGGCUGACAGCAUUGAUAUUGAUGGCACCGAUGUCAACGGCAUCAAUGUCGACAGUGCUGAGUUGACCUCGAUUAAGCAAGCAUGUUCCACCUACACCGGGGAUGCGUGGCUGGUAAAGGCAAUUUGUGGGGCCUUGAACGGGUCGAAAUGAACCUUUGGGGAUUUAUGGUGACGCGUGAUUUUUGAUACUGUUAGCCAGCGCGCAUUGGGUGGCGUUUGGACUAUCUGUGUUCUUCUUGUAUCUUUUGGGAAGGAUGCUUUUCACUUCAAAGAUCGAUACCCACGAGAGAGAAUUGAUAUCUAUUCUGCGGAAUGCCACUUUUCGUAAUUGCAUUCAAU